GGUCAUUGACUUUUUUUUUUUUUUUUUGGAGUCUGCCUUCCUGGAUUCUGCUUGUGUGGAGAAGACGAGUGGUUAGAGAAUCGGACAUGUUGCGGGUCUUCUGGACCUUUCUGCCUCUUCUGCUAGUUCACUGCAUCGCCUCUGAGGUGUUCCUCCAAAGUCGGGAUGCCAGUCAGGUUCUGAAUCGACAACGGAGAGCCAACAGCGGCUGGGAGGAGUUCCGUCAAGGAAACAUGGAACGGGAGUGUGUGGAGGAGAGAUGCGACUUUGAGGAGGCCAGAGAGAUUUUUGAACACGAUGAAAGGACGGACGAAUUCUGGAAUAUUUACUUUGAUGGAGAUGCGUGUGAGUCUCAUCCCUGUAUGCAUAAUGGUGUGUGUAAAGAUGGGAUUGGGACCUACACCUGCUUCUGCCCUGCAGCCUUCCAAGGAAAAGACUGUGAGAUUGCAAUACCAGAGCUGUGUGAGAAUAAGAACGGUGGAUGUGAUCAUUUCUGUAAGGUUGAGCAGAACAACGUUGUCUGUUCUUGUGCCACUGGCUACCAACUGUGGUCUGAUGGAAAAUCCUGCCGAUCCAAUGAUCCUUUUAAAUGUGGUGUUUUGCCAAGCACGCAUACCCGGAGUAUUUUCAUAUACCAAGGAGUUAACACUACCGACCAGAUGACCAAUAACACGGAAAAUGCAAACACCACUGCCAGUGCCAGUAUAGUGAGCCCCAGCCCUACAGAGUCCGACCAGCAAGGCACUGGUGGGGAGAUUCCAAGUGUGGAAGACAGGAUCACAUUCUCGUCAGCCGGAAACACACGGAUCGUGAACGGAGAUGAUUGUCGUCCUGGAGAGUGCCCAUGGCAGGCUCUCUUGAUGAAUGAGGAUAAAAUCGGGUUCUGCGGUGGAACCAUCCUGAACGAAUACUUCAUCCUGUCAGCUGCCCACUGCAUGAACCAGUCCCGCUACAUAAGCGUUGUUCUAGGUGACUUUGACACGCGGGUGAAGGAGCAUCAUGAGGCUACAUAUAAGGUAGAUCAGGUCCUCGUGCACCGUAACUACGUAGCGGAUACAUACCACAACGACAUUGCUCUCAUCAAGCUGAAAGAACCAAUCAAAUUCUCAGAGUACAUCAUUCCGGCCUGCCUGCCAGAGCGGGAAUUUGCCGAGAACGUGCUCAUGCGCCAGGCAACGGGAAUGGUGAGCGGCUUUGGCCGAGUUCGCGAAGGCGGCCCUCAGUCCACUAUACUGCAAAAACUUACCGUGCCCUACGUUGACCGCGCCACAUGCAUAGAGUCCAGCUCGUUCAAAAUCUCCAACCGUAUGUUCUGCGCCGGCUAUGACGUGGAGAAAAAGGAUGCCUGCCAAGGAGACAGCGGUGGACCACAUGUCACCCGCUUCAAAGACACGUGGUUUGUAACUGGCGUUGUCAGCUGGGGAGAGGGUUGUGCCCGUAGCGGCAAAUACGGAGUAUACACCCAGGUAUCCAAGUACAUCAAGUGGAUUGAAAGUGUUAUGGCACAGUUCCUGCCUCCUAACGAUACCAGGAAACCAUCUGCGGCAACCCGUGAAAAGAGAGAUGAAAAGCUGGCAGUGAUAAGAGUGUGAUGAAAUGUGAUGGGAAAUAAAAUACAGUAAAUUAGAAAUGAGAAAUAAAAAACAAAUAAAGAUUUGUUAUUAUUAAUGACA